ACCCUGGCUCUGAGACGAGCUGGGGUGGUUUAGAGGCUCUUCGGUUGCAGGGCGGUGUUUUUUCCAGCCCUGCUCAGGUUCAUAACCACCCGGUCACGCUCGGACGCUGUGGUCUCCGGAGCUGAGGGUCAGUGGAGAAGCAUGGCGGUCUCUGUCUCUCCGUUAAGGUCGUUUGCUCGGGCGGUGAGCAUGCAGAUGAAGAACCACCGGAGACCACCGGGGCACACCGGGCAGCGGCAGAGCGGGGCUGUGUGGAGGAUCACACCGGCUCAUGCUAAAACGACUGCAUUCCUGACUGCACUAUCUUAUCUGGGAUAUGAAGCACACAAGAAGGUGACUUGUGCAGCUGUGGUCUUUGCACGUGACAAAGCUGAAGAGGUUGUAGAGCAAGCUGAUUACUUAUACAGCUGCGGAGAGACAGAGAAGCUUUACCAGCUGCUGCUUCAGUACAAGGAGAGUGAUGAUGCUGAAUUCCUGUGGAGGCUGGCACGGGCUUCACGUGACCUCGCUUUGCUGGCCAACAUUGCUGCUGACCAGAAAAAAAGGCUCACCUAUGAGGCCUUCGACUACGCCAAAAAAGCACUAGAGAAAAAUGAAGCCUGCUUUGCUGCACACAAAUGGUAUGCCAUCUGCCUGAGUGAUGUAGGUGAUUAUGAAGGGAUCAAGGUUAAAAUAGGAAAUUCUUACAUUAUUAAGGACCAUUUGCAGAGAGCUAUAGACCUCAAUCCUAAAGAUGCAACAUCGAUCCACAUCUUGGGUUAUUGGUGUUUUGCCUUCGCAGAGCUGCCGUGGUACCAACGUAAAGUUGCAGCAGUUAUUUUUGCAUCACCACCCACUGCAACUUAUGAGGAGGCUUUGGCUUAUUUCCUGAAAGCUGAGGAAGUUGACCCAAAUUUCUAUAGCAAGAAUCUUCUGAUGCUUGGGAAGACUUACAUGAUGCUUAAGGACCAGGAGAAGGCUGUUCUUUGGCUGAACAAAGCACGAGACUAUCCUGCCAUAACAGAGGAGGACAAACAGGUUCACACAGAAGCACUUAACCUUCUCAAGAAACUCAGUGGCUGAUGGAAGGAUUUAUCUUCAGGAUCCAGAUCUAACACAGACCUGAAUAUAAUGCCUUCUAUAUAUUUUUUUUUUCAAUUUGUAUAAAUCUGUUAUUUUGAUUGUAACAGCCUUAAAAGGAACAAGUCAUUUUCCUUGCUUUUGAGGUUAAAAUAAUAAAGUGUACAUAGUUUUAACUACACUGACUGGGAUCUAAGAGUGCCUUAUACUUUGUAUUUGGAGAUGGCAGAGUUUGACAUUCUUUUAAAAAACUUUAACAUUUUGAUUGGAGAAAGCUCACCUUUGAGACUGGUGGUCAGUAUUUGAAACAAACUCAAAUUCAAUGUAAAGAUGGUCAUAUACAUUUAUUAAAUAUGGUUCUCUCCACAGGCAAGAUCCAACCAAUAACCCCCUUCCCUCCCAACAGAAAAAAAGAAAAUAAAAACAGCCAAUAUGCCCCA